AUGGCGUCUAAUUCUUUGCCCGCUGCCCAGAGCCUCGGCCCUGGGUCAGCCAGUGCGGGCACCACCCCGACGAGUAACACCAAAGAGACCACUACAUCGGCCGGGAGCGAGGUUGAGAUGAAGAGCAUGCGCUCGAACACGCCGCCCAAGGGCUCCAUCCCACUGGGUGAAGAUAUCAUGCAAUUGGCUCGGAUUGGUGAGAUCGGCGCAAUGCAAAAUUUGUUCGUCACGAAGAAGUUGACGGCGAAUCAUCGGGACGAGGAGGGGAUUACACCGUUACAUUGGGCAGCUAUCAACAACCAGUACGCAAUGUGCAAGUUCCUGCUCGAUUCCGGUGCCGACGUCAACGCAAAGGGUGGAGAGUCGGUCGCCACGCCCGCCAUGUGGGCGGCGCAACGAUGCCACUAUUAUAUCGUGAAUCUCCUUCUCUCCUACGGCGCGGAUCCGCUCCUGACCGACGUCCAAGGAUACAACAUUCUGCACCUGGCGACCAUCGACGGUAACGCCUUUCUCGUUCUCCUUUUGCUGCAUCAGGAAAUCCCCGUGGAUGUCGUCGAUCAACAAGGUCAUACCGGGUUAAUGUGGGCCGCAUACAAGGGCUACCCCGUCCUGGUGGAUCUGUUCCUGCGAUGGGGCGCCAACGCCAAUGCUGUAGAUGAGGGCGGCUUGACACCGCUGCAUUGGGCACUCGUCAAGGGAUCACUGCCUAGCGUGUUGAAGUUGCUCGAGUACGGCACGGAUCGUUUCGCCGAGACCCGUGACGGCAAGUCGCCGAGCACCGUCGCGCAGGAAAUGAAUACCUCGCGGGUCUGGCAGCGCGCGCUCGCCGAACGUGGCUACGAGCCGGACGGUUCUCAGAAGGCGCGGUCGACGGGUCUGUCGGGCUAUUUGCUGAAUAAGAGCGCCAUGGGCAAAUUCUUUUUUUUGUGGCCGUUCUUGACUCUGAUUGUGGCGAUGUGGAUGUUGAGCCAUCUCCCUAUCUACCUUGGUGUUCCCGCGGCGGCAGUGACUUUGUUCGGAAUGCAAUACCUUGCGCAGCAGGUGGCUAAUCGUGGUCCUUCGGAAUACCGAAUCUUGCAAAAAACGCCCUAUCUGGCCGGUGUCUUUGCAGCCACAUUAUUCUGGACUGGAUUCCGCUACGUGUUCAAGGUGUUGCCUGCUACCUAUACAUCUGCCCCGAUCCUUAACAUUUUGUUUGCGGUCUUUUUCAGCUUCACCACCUACUUUUACACUCUGGCCAUGAUCGAGGAUCCGGGUUAUGUUCCCAAGGUCAGCAGCCGCAACCAGCAAAGGGAAUUGGUCAAGGAGCUGUUUGAGCAGUGGAAGUUUGAUGAAGAGAACUUCUGUAUGCCCUGCAUGUCACGAAAACCUCUUCGCAGCAAGCAUUGUCGCCGUUGUGGGCGCUGCGUUGCCAAGCAUGAUCACCACUGCCCUUGGAUUGACAACUGCGUUGGUGCGAAUAAUCUGCGCCACUUUGUGCUGUACAUUGUAUCUCUCGAGAUCGGCAUUAUUCUCUUUGUGCAACUGAGCAUUGCGUACGUUCAAGGUCUCCCGUCGAUUCCUGGGGCAAAAUGUAAUGUCAUCAAUGACACGCUGUGCGAUAUUGUCUCCCGUGACACCUUUACUCUUGUCCUCGAUGCUUGGGUCAUUCUCCAGCUGGUCUGGGUGACCAUGCUCUGCGCCGUACAGCUCGUCCAGGUCUCCCGCAACCAGACCACCUACGAGAAUAUGCGUGGUCACCACAUGGACCGAUCAUACCCCAGUUCUCAGGCCUUUGCCUCCGCCAUGGUCGCCGGCACCCCCUCAAUGGAAGGGGCCGGUCUCACUGCCCACGGUGCCGGACCCAAUCCGGCGAUCCCUCGCCCGGGUCAACCCCGACGUAAAAAUGGGUUCUGCGCCCAGUGGUCAUCUCUCUUGGGCAUCGACACAUUCUUCGCCACCGCGCGUGGUGGUCUGCGGGGUGGACCGCAAGUAGCUCGGCCACGAAAUCCCUUUUCCCGCGGAGUGGCCACCAACUGCCGCGACUUUUGGUGUGAUCCCGCCCCCAUGUUUGGCAAGAACAACACUGGGUCGGGCAUGUUGGGCGGCGAAGUUGUCAACUACCACAAUAUGUAUCAAACUCCGACGCGGAUGCAUCUUGGUACUCGAUCCGGGAAUGGUGGCGCCUACCGCAGCGUGGCGGGCGAGGAUCCUGAACAGAUGGUCUGA